CAUAUAGUGGCCAAAGAGCGCGCCAUGAAUUUGCUAUUCUGAUGGCAACAUUCGUUAAAGCUAAAGAUCGUCUUUUAUCUCGUUUCGAAUCAUUAACUUGGAUUCGGAGAUUCAACCAUACUUUGCAGCCCCAGAUCUCCCGUAAAGUGAGGUCUGAUUCUGUAACUCACAAAGUUGACGUGUCAAAUUGGAGACGAACGGAUGCGAGGAAACUUGGGAUAUAUAGUUCUGUGAUUCCACAACCCUCGUGGAUUGUCUUGAAAAUUCUGAGAUAUGAAGGUUUCCAGUCUUACUUAGUUGGUGGAUGUGUGAGAGAUUUACUUCUGAAUAAAACACCCAAAGAUUUUGAUGUGAUCACUACAGCUAACCUUCAACAGGUUCGGAAGCGAUUUCAUCGUUGUGAGAUUGUUGGACGGCGGUUUCCUAUAUGCCGGGUGCAUAUUAAAGAUUCUGUAAUUGAGGUAUCAAGUUUUGAGACAGUGGCACAUAAUGCUGAAGGAAAAGAAAAAUUCCUUUUAUCUCAAGCUCCUCGUGGCUGUGAUGAAAAAGACUUAAUUCGCUGGAGAAACAGCAUGCACCGGGACUUCACAAUUAACAGUUUAUUUUACGACCCUUUUCUGAAUAUAAUCUACGAUUACGCCAAUGGAAUGAAAGAUUUGAGGUCCUUAAAGCUACGAACAUUAAUACCUGCCUACUUGUCAUUCAAAGAGGAUUGUGCUAGGAUAUUGAGGGGCUUAAGAAUUGCAGCUCGUCUGGGCAUGUCAUUUUCAAAGGAUACUGAGACUGCUAUACGUAAGCUUUCAUCAUCUGUUGAGAGACUGGACAAGUUCAGGAUAAUGAUGGAAAUGAACUACAUGAUGUCUUAUGGAGCAGCUGAGCCUUCUAUUUGUUUGCUUCAAAGAUACAACCUUUUGAAGACUUUUCUUCCAUUCCAUGCAGCAUAUCUUGAUGAACAGGCUAGUGAAACACCUGCUGAGAAUUCCGUGAUGCUAAUGAAAAUGUUAUCUAAUCUGGAUAAGCUGGUUUCUUGUGAUCAGCCUGCUGAUUGCCAUUUGUGGGUAGGACUGCUGGCAUUUCACCAGGCAUUAGUCAGUAACCCCCAAGAUGCUUUUGUGAUCUGGGUUUUUGCUUCUGUUCUGUAUAAUGGAAAAUGGGCGGAAGGUGUUAAAUUUGCAAGAGAACAUGCAAAAGAUCAAGUUAAUUUUGCUCCUGAGAUCUCUGGGUUUUCUGAAAUUGAAUCAGAUCACAAACUUGCAGCAAAAGUUACUGAGUUAGCAUCUUUAGUUCAACAUUGUGUCAAUGGCUUGACUUUUAAUGAGACACACUCUUACAUGGUGUUUGUUCCAAAGAAUGUUGGGCAAGGUGUUGGUCAAAUUUUUGAUGUACUGGUGAAUUCUAUUGAAUCUUACAACAACGGAAGAAAGAGUUUCAUGAUUGACUAUUACUUGCUUGGAAAGGGACAUAUACCUGAGACGAGAUUUGUUCUUGGCAAAAUUAUUUUGAAAACCAUUAGUGGUGGCCUUGUUGGAGGAGAGAGGGAGAAAAAAUCUAAGUCGCUGUUGGACUCAUUUGUGGAAAGUUGCCACCCGAGGCCCUGUGAUUUGACAGAGAAUGAAUUCUUGAGCAAGAAAUAUAGAGAGCGUAGUCUAGCAAUAUCUGACUCAGAAUCAAAUAUGGAGAGAACCAAAAAGCUGAAGUUAUCUGGGAAGAAAAGCAGACUUUUUGAGCAGGAGCUAAAUGUGAACAAGCAGGACAAAGUUUCAAAAGAUGAGAGCCAUCAGAAAGGUAAGGAACUCCGGAAUUUGGUUAGGGCUUGGCUAUUAGCUAAAGAAGAAACAAAGAUGACACAAGAAAACAUAUCAGAGAAGAACAAUUGCCAUUCAUCAUUAGAGGAGGUGAUCUCUAAGAAGAUCAAUAAACACAAGAAUGUAGUUAAGGAGAAGAACAGCAGUCGGCUUCCACUGUCUAAUCUGAAGAUUCUUGGAAAUAUUAAUUUGAAAACCAUUAUUGGUGGGCUGCUUGGAGGAGAGAGGGAGGUUGAUGAGGAGAAGAAAACUAAGUCGCUGUUGGACUCAGUUGAGAAAAGUUGCCACCAGAAGCCCUGUGAUUUGACAAAGAAUACAAUUUUGAGCAAGAAAAAUAGAAACCAUAGUCUAGCAAUUCCCUACUCGGAAUCAAAUCUAGAGAAAACCAAAAAGCAGAAGUUAUCUGGGAAGAAGCGCAGAGUUUCUGACCAGGAGCUAAAUAUGAACAAGCAGGACGAGGUUUCAAAAGAGGGGAGCCACCAGAAAGGUAAGGAACACCAGAAUUUGGUUGAGACUUGCCAAUUAGCUAAAGAAGAAACAAAGAUGACACCAAAAAACAUAUCAGGGAAGAAAGAUUGCCAUUCAUCAUUAGAGGAGGUAAUCUCUAAGAAGAUCAAUAAAUGCAAGAACGUAGCUAAGGAGAAGAACAGCAGUCAAACCAAAAAGACGAAGUCAUCUGGGAAGAAGCGCAGAGUUUCUGAGCAGGAGCUAAAUAUGAACAAGCAGGAUGAGGUUUCAAAAGAGGAGAGCCACCAGAAAGGUAAGAAACACCGGAAUUUGGUUGACACUUGCCAAUUAGCUAAAAAAGAAACAAAGAUGACACAAGAAAACGUUUCAGAGAAGAAAGAUUGCCAUUCAGCAUUAGAGGAGGUGAUCUCUAAGAAGAUCAAUAAACGCAAGAACGUAGUUAAGGAGAAGAACAGCAGUGAAACCAAAAAGACGAAGUCAUCUGGGAAGAAGAGCAGAGUUUCUGAGCAGGAGCUAAAUGUGAACAAGCAGGACAAGAGCAGCAGUGAAACCAAAAAGACGAAGUCAUCUGGGAAGAAGAGAGCAGAGUUUCUGAGCAGGAGCUAAAUGUGAACAAGCAGGAGAGGUUUCAAAAGAGGAUAGCCACAGAAAGGUAAGGAACUCCAGAAUUUUGUUGAGACUCGCCUAUUAGGUAAAGAAGAAAGAAGGAUGACACAAGAAAACAUAUCGGAGAAGAAAGAUUGCAUUCAUCAUUGGAGGAGUUUAUCUCUGAGAAGAAAAAUAAACACAAGAAUGUAGUUAAGGAGAAGAAGAGCAGUCGGCCUCCACUGUCUAGUCUCUUCAGAUAGAAUAACUGCAUUUGUCUUUUGUACAAUAUAUGUUAGAGUCCUCGACACAGUUUACCUCAUGAUUGACAACU